CAAUGCGAGUAUUCAUUUUGUACAAAAUAUAAUGUUUUUCACGUGACGAAGUGGUAAUUUUAGAGAGUAAUGUUGAGUGCGACUAUACCUCUGUGAGAGUUUGUCAUCAAGUGUUUUUAUUUUUUUUUUUUUAAUAAGAAAAAAAAAUAAUAAAAAUUAGAAAUUAAAAUGAAUAAAUGUUCAACCUCGAAUAUCGCGUGUGCUUGCAGUAGUAAUCAAAUAAAAGACUAUAAAACAUCAAGGGAAAUUCUUUUUGGAUGGGAUAAAUUUAGUACAAUAGCAUCACUUGUUUUAAUUAUUGCUCUUAUUACCUGGUGUGUGAUUUUCUUCCUCUCAAUUGAAAAUCAUGUAGUUGAUUCGGAAAAUCAUGGUGGUCACGGUGAUCAUGUUGAUCAUACCGGUCAUGGUGGUCAUGAAGACAAUGAAGAUCACAGCAAUCAUCACGUUCUUCCAUUAAUAUCGAAAUUUGCAAUGACAACAAAUUAAAAAAAGACGGAUUUUGUACAGUUACCUGAGAACAAAUUUUUAUUAACAAUCUAAGACAUAAGAAGAUUUGAAGCCGAAAUUUCUGAAACAUUAUAACUGUAAGAUUCAACUUUUUUAUAAAAAUGUUGUAUAAUCGAUUGAAGAGAAUACCGAAGAUCACUGUUGAUUAUUGAUUAUUUAAAAUCAAAUAUUUUGUAAGAAAUUUAAAAAAAAUUUUUAAUUAUUUAUCACCGAA